AUCACUGAGUCAAACGUAGGUGUUGAUAAAUGUUCAACGAUAUCUCGUUUUCCUAUAUCUUUUUGACACUGGUCGUUCUACAUCAGAAACUCACAAUUGCCAAUUAGCAUUUGCUCUCAGCUGCUCCCAACAAUCUCAUACUCCUACCUGUUGGUUCCAUUGCAUCUGCUGUAUACUAUCAGAUUCUACUGUGUGGAUAAUAUAUACUACCCCAUUGAAUUGAUAAAGUUGAGUUUCAAACACCAUGCAAAAGAUUUUAUUAAGACCAGUGGCUCUUAAUGUCACCAAAAGAGCUCUUUCAAAGUCCUCUAAAGCUGCAAUUGUUGGUGGUUCAAGAUUGAGAUUCAGAAAAUAUCAAUCACCUGCCGCUGCUACUUCUGGUCAAGCUGCUGCCUAUGCUGGAUCUGGUAUCUUGUCAGGCUUCAGUGAUGAGAAUGCACAUCAAUUGGUUGAUGUUUCUAAAGUUUUAGUUAUCGGUUCCGGUGGGUUAUCUAUUGGUCAAGCUGGUGAAUUUGAUUAUUCUGGUUCUCAAGCUAUUAAAGCUUUAAAAGAAGCAAACAAAAAGACAAUUUUGAUCAAUCCAAAUAUUGCAACCAAUCAAACAUCUCAUGCUUUAGCUGAUGAAAUUUAUUAUUUACCAGUUACUGCUGAGUAUAUCACUUAUAUCAUUGAAAGAGAAAAACCAGAUGGUAUCUUGUUAACUUUUGGUGGUCAAACCGGUUUGAACGUUGGUGUUCAAUUAGAUAAAAUGGGUGUCUUUGAUAGAUACGGUGUUAAAGUCUUGGGUACUCCAAUUAAAACUUUAGAAACUUCAGAAGAUCGUGAGUUAUUUGCUCAAGCUUUGAAAGAAAUUAACAUUCCAAUUGCUGAGUCAAUUGCUGUUGAAACUGUUGAUGAUGCCUUAAAAGCUGCUGAAUCUGUUGGUUACCCAAUCAUUGUCAGAUCAGCUUAUGCUCUUGGUGGGUUAGGUUCAGGUUUUGCUAAGAAUGAAGAAGAGUUGAGAAAUUUGUCAUCUCAAUCAUUAUCAUUAUCUCCACAAAUUUUAGUUGAAAAAUCAUUAAAAGGUUGGAAAGAAGUCGAAUAUGAAGUUGUUAGAGAUCGUGUUGGUAAUUGUAUUACCGUUUGUAAUAUGGAAAAUUUUGAUCCUUUAGGUAUCCAUACCGGUGAUUCAAUUGUUGUUGCUCCAUCUCAAACUUUAUCAGAUGAAGAAUAUCAUAUGUUGAGAUCAGCAGCCAUCAAGAUCAUUAGACACCUGGGUGUUGUUGGUGAAUGUAAUGUUCAAUAUGCCUUACAACCAGAUGGGUUAGACUAUCGUGUUAUUGAAGUUAAUGCAAGAUUAUCAAGAUCUUCAGCUUUAGCUUCAAAAGCUACCGGUUAUCCAUUAGCUUAUACUGCUGCUAAGAUCGCUUUAGGUCAUACUUUACCAGAAUUACCAAAUCCAGUUACUAAAACAACUUCAGCAAAUUUUGAACCAUCAUUAGAUUAUAUGGUUACUAAAAUUCCAAGAUGGGAUUUAUCCAAAUUUCAACAUGUUAAAAGAGAUAUUGGUUCAUCCAUGAAAUCUGUUGGUGAAGUUAUGGCUAUUGGUCGUAAUUUUGAAGAAAGUUUCCAAAAGGCCAUUCGUCAAAUUGAUCCAUCUUUUGUUGGUUUCCAAGGUGGUGAAUUUGAAAACUUGGAUGAAGCUUUAGCAGAACCAACUGAUCGUCGUUGGUUAGCUGUUGGUCAAGCUUUAUUACAUGAAAAUUACUCUGUUGAAAAAGUUCAUGAAUUGACAAAGAUUGAUAAAUGGUUUUUGUACAAAUUGGGUAAUAUUGUGGAAAUGCAAAAAGAAUUGGAAAAAAUCGGCUCAUUGUUUGGUUUAAAUAGAGAUGUUAUUUCAAGAGCUAAGAAAUUAGGUUUCUCUGAUAGACAAAUUGGUUUAGCUGUUGGUUCAAGUGAAUUAGAAGUUAGAGCUAGAAGAAAAAAUUUCGGUAUUGUUCCAUUUGUUAAAAAAAUUGAUACUUUAGCUGCUGAAUUCCCAGCUAGUACUAAUUAUUUAUACACCACUUAUAAUGCUACUGAAAAUGAUGUUGAAUUUGAUGAAUUUGGUACUAUGGUUUUAGGUUCAGGUGUUUACCGUAUUGGUUCAUCUGUUGAAUUUGAUUGGUGUGCUGUUUCUACCGCUAGAGCUUUAAGAGAAAAUGGUAAAAAAACCAUUAUGAUUAAUUACAACCCAGAAACCGUUUCCACUGACUUUGAUGAAGUUGAUAGAUUAUACUUUGAGGAAUUAAGUUUUGAAAGAGUUAUGGAUAUUUAUGAAUUAGAAAACUCCAAGGGUGUUGUUGUUUCCGUUGGUGGUCAAUUACCACAAAACAUUGCAUUAAAACUACAAGACAAUGGUGCUAAAGUUUUAGGUACUAAUCCUCAAGAUAUCGAUAAGGCUGAAGAUCGUCAUAAAUUCUCUUCAAUCUUGGAUUCUAUUGGAAUUGAUCAACCAGCUUGGAAAGAAUUAUCAUCAGUUGAAGCUGCAAAGAGCUUUGCUGAUAAAGUUGGUUUCCCAGUUUUAGUUCGUCCAUCUUAUGUCUUAUCAGGUGCUGCAAUGUCAGUUAUUAGAAAUGAAGAUGAAUUAGAAAACAAAUUAGGUAAUGCUGCUAAAGUUUCACCAGAUCAUCCAGUUGUUAUUUCUAAAUUCAUUGAAGGUGCUCAAGAAAUUGAUGUUGAUGCCGUUGCCUCUAAUGGUAAAGUCUUGGUUCAUGCUGUUUCUGAACAUGUUGAAAAUGCAGGUAUUCAUUCAGGUGAUGCUACAUUAGUUUUACCACCACAAAAGUUGUCUCAAGAUGUUAUGGAUAGAAUUAAAGACAUUACUGAUAAAGUUGGUAAAGCUUGGAAUAUUACAGGUCCUUUCAACAUGCAAAUUAUUAAGAAUGAUGUUGAAACCAAUCCAGAUUAUCCAGAAUUGAAAGUUAUUGAAUGUAAUAUUAGAGCUUCAAGAUCUUUCCCAUUUGUUUCAAAAGUUUUAGGUACUAAUUUCAUCAAUGUUGCAGUUGAAGCUAUCUUGGGUAAAGAUGUUGCUCCACAAAACUUAAUGGAUGUUAAACGUGAUUAUGUUGCUACUAAAGUUCCACAAUUUUCAUUCACUAGAUUAGCUGGUGCUGAUCCAUUCUUGGGUGUUGAAAUGAGUUCUACUGGUGAAAUUGCAAGUUUUGGUAAAGAUGUUACUGAAGCUUAUUGGACUGCUUUACAAUCCACUAUGAAUUUCAAAUUGCCAUUACCUCCAAGUGGUAUCUUAUUUGGUGGUGAUUUACAACAAGAUUUCUUGGGUGAUGUUGCUAAAAUAAUUGCACCAAUUGGUUAUAAAUAUUACACAGCUUCACCAGAAGUUGCUGAAUAUUUGAAGAAAUAUUUACCAUCAGAUUAUCAAGUUGAAGUUAUUGAAUUCCCAAAGACUGAUAAGCGUGCUUUACGUGAAGUUUUCCAAAAAUAUGAUAUCAAAGGUGUUUUCAACUUGGCCAAAAGAAGAGCUGAAGACUUGUUGGAUCAAGAUUAUGUUAUGAGACGUAAUGCUAUUGAUUUUGGUAUCCCAUUAUUUAAUGAACCACAAACUUCAUUAUUGUUUGCCAAUGCUUUAGUUGCUAAGAUUGAUACCAAAUUGGCUCAAGAUAAAGACACUAUUGUUAUUCCAAAUGAAGUUCGUCGUUGGAGUGAAUUUAUUGGUGGUAAACAAGUUUAA